AUGACAUUCCCCAGAAAAUCAUCUCAAAUCUCGGCCCUUUCUGACUUCACAGAAAACCAGUGGUUGAAUCUCAACCAAGAUGAAAAGUGGAAGGAAAACCCAUUGCUUCAGCACCCAAUGAUCACUUCAAACGGAAUGAACUACUGGGUGGGUGAUGUUGUCGAAGUCCAAGGCUCCCCAAACCGGUAUCUCCUUGAGAAGUUCUUCACCAAGGACGGAUCCGUACUUGCCAAUGCGUUCCAGGUUUAUGGUGGUCAUGAUCCUUGGCUGAAACAUCCUGAUGAUACUCACUUCCUGCGGUUUGGAAACUCUAUGAACUUUACUGUCUCUACCCUGAAGUAUACUAUUGAAGUUGAUAGGAUUAUGUCUACUGUUCAAAAAGACAGUGAUCUUUUCCUUGGACAUGGUUUCUCUGUUUCUUAUUGCCCUGCCAAAAUUGUCACCUAUGCUCUUACUGGUGUUCAAUCUGACUUGUGGCUCAACAAAUCUCGUGUUGAAGAAUUCAAGAGAAGACUUCCAGACUCUGGUUUGAUGAAAGUAGUUGUCUGCCCACUUAAUCUCUAUUCUGACGAUACCUCUGGUAAUUCAACAAAGCAGUACAACAAGUAUGACAGUUACUUAAUGUACUUUGCUGUGUUGCCACUUGAGACAAAAAACAAACAAGAAAAUGCUCUUUUCAUUUGUAUCUCGAAUCAUACACUGAAUGCCAUUGAGAUGUUGCCUCCUAUUGUCGAUGACCUCAUUAGGCUGGAGAAAGGUGUUGAGAUGUAUUCUGAGAAUUAUGGUGAAGUAGUUCUUGUCGUUGCACCCCUGUUGCUCUUUAUGGGUGACAACCCUCGUCAAUCUCAGCUUGCCAUGCAUAAGGGAACAUCUGCCAAGAAGUUUUGCCAAAAAUGCCUCAUACCUUCGCCUCGUAUUAAACAAAGUUCUAUCCCAACACUCUGCUGUAUUCUCCAAUUAACCACUAUGGAGCUAUAUCUCAAUGGGUGCAAAUUGAGUUAUAUCAAGAAUGGAAGUGAGGAAUUUCUUAGACUCAAAGCCUUUGACCCUACCAAAGACAUGCCUAUCAAAAUUCUCCAUAUUAUUCCUCUUAGCCUGACAAAAUACUUAAUAACUUUUCUCUGGAAACAUAAGAUGCUGACUACAAUCCUGUCUGGAAUUAUGAGCAAGCUCUUUAGUGAUAAACCAUUGGCAAGUUUGUUCAUUAAAGCCUUGCAUGCAUUAGGCUGCCUGUCGUCUUUGGUGUACAUGUGUGGAGUUGACUGGUGCUUCAACUACUAUAUUGCCCAGAUAAAACAUGCUGUCACUGAUGUAACGGAUCUGCUUUUUCAACUGGAUGUCCAGAUUCUCCAAAAAGGAUUUUCUAAGCAAGACUUCACGUUCAAGCCAAAGGUCCACCUUCUGUAUCAUAUCACUGACAACAUAGUUUGUUUCGGUUCCGUGCUGCAAUACGAAACUGAAAACAACGUCACUACAAGAUUUGGCAAGCAAUUCAUCUGUCGGCAUCUUUGUAAUGGAGGAUUGUAUGUCAUAGAGAGAUCAGCUGGUAAUGGAACAAGAUCUGUGAGAAGUUCAAUUGGUGAUUUUGUCAAGCUGGCCCCUGUCAAUUUCCCAGGUUUUAAUCUCUAUUUCUUUGGUUCUUGUGUCAACAGUGACAAUUCCAGGUUGUCAACCCCCACUUUCACUGCAAAAACAUCUUAA